AGUGAUAUUGAGUAAAGCUGAAAGACAUUUUACGGUUGAGUUGUCACACGAACACAACACGGACGAAUUUUCUUCAUGUAUGUGUUUCAAUACAGAGAAGAACUAUACGAUUUGCUUCUGACAUCAGGGGGCCUUCCGUGCCCAAAAUUAGAAAGUGGCGACGUUGUAAAAAUAGUGUUGCGGAAAGAAGUGGUACAUUUUUGAAAUUGUGAAUAUUUAAAAGAUUGCUUUAACAUAAAAGGAAAACGACAAAGUAGACAUUGCCGUUCAUAUUUCCAAAUUAUUUCACUGAUAGAACAGCUCGGAUAUCAGGCGAUCACAACUAUGGAAGAUCCAGAGAAUGAAGUAAUCGACGAAAAGGAGUAUUCAUUGGCAUCUGAGCUCAGAGACCUGUGUAGUGAUUUCCGAAAAGAGUCAGCCAGCAAAUUAGCACAAUGUGCCGACGUUCUUCUUAAGCUCGGUGAAAUAUAUUUGAAGAAGGUUGACCACACGUCCGGAAUAUUACAAAAAUUAACCUAUAUUCGAUGCAGCACGCUGUUAAACGGAGCAAAAGUUAGAUUCAAACUGAAAAACAUGGAAGAGGAGGCCGUUGCAACUGAAGACCUUUUGCAAAGAAUGGGAAUAAAAGUUCUUCAAUCUGCAUGCGCUCAUAAAACGGAGAACUUGGUCAAAAUCUCUAAUAAAUUAUUCGAAAGAAUAAAAAAGUUUCGGAUGAUGUAUAGCAGUAAAGUGCGACGUAUCCCUCAUUUACCCGAAGUUGGAGAUGAAUUUUUCAAAAGUAUGAAAGUGUUUUAUGUAAAAGAACUAUUGCAAGAGGUAACAGAUGAAUACAAGUCUAUAAUGAAAACAAUUUCAGAGAAGUGUCUGAUUAUACUCGGUGAAAGUCCCUGUGACUUUGCCGCCGUAGGACUGGGUUCUCUUGCCCGUGGAGAAAUCACUCCGUACUCGGAUUUUGAACAUGUUUUGGUUUUGGAAGACGGCGUAGAAUGCCGUAAGGAUUAUAAAGACAUAAAAGAAUAUUUUCGUUGGUAUUCAGUUCUCUUUCAGUUAAUAAUGAUAAAUUUUGGAGAAACAUUUAUUCGGAGCGUUGGUAUAAAAAGUUUGAACGAUUUUUAUUCGAAUGACCCGGAAAUGAACUGGUUUUAUGACAUAUUCACCCCGUGUGGCAUUUCCUUUGAUGGCAUGGCGCCACAUGCUUGCGGCAAUCCCUUAGGAAGGCAGUACCAAACGGAGAAAUGUCGCCACAUCCUUGAACUUAUAAAGCCUUCGAGUGAGAUGGCAAAACUCGUGAAUUCAACCGAGGAUUUGAACAACGGUUACUACAUCAGUGAACUUAUAUCAAGGCCUUGUUUUGUAAAUGGCAGUCAGCUGGUUUAUGACCAAUUUCAGUCUUUUGUUUGGAAAGAAUUGGAGGAAGUCCAAAGAUAUAAAGAUGUUGGAAAGCUAAUAUCGUCCAACGUUCUUGAACAAGUGAGGAAUAACCAAGACUAUUUCCAGAAAGAUAAAAUUUUAAACGUUAAAACAGACGUAUAUCGGCCAAUCACCGUCAUUCUUUCUUGUCAUGCUCGAGUGCAUAGCAUACGAGAUUUUUCGUCAUUCCGAAUUAUUGAGGAUUUAUUCCAAACAGGGGUUCUUUCAGCGAAGGCCUAUGUGGAAUACAGAUUUGCUCUAACAAUAGCCUGUGAAGCUCGGAUGAAAGUAUAUGUAAAAUAUGCAAAUCAGAGACAUAAAAUAGCGAUGAAAACUUUACUUGAAAUCAUUGGUAAACCGAGCUUUAUUGAAUUUUAUGAGAACAUGCUCUUGAUUCGACAUGAUUAUCAUUUAUGUUCUGAGCUCAACCUAUCUAAAAUAGGAGCUUCCCUUAUAAACUCUUACCGUUUCGAGGGCUUUGAAUAUUUUGGCGAAAAAUUUGAGAUGGCAGAGGCGAGAGGUUUGGCGAAUGCCGGCUUGUACUUCGAAGCAAUACAGAUCUGUCCCGUGAUUCCUAUGGAAGAAUGGAAAAUGUAUGCACUAUUUUGCGAAGUCUGUGCCGAAGUUUGUAAAGACGCUCUAGCUGACGAGGCGAUGCUAAAAAUCUGCAUUGAAAGCGCCGGAAAAAUAAAUCUAGGUGACUCUUCGAUACCUCUCGAAGUAAGGACCAUCGUUUGUCGUUUUAGAGGCUUAGCAGAGGGAUUACUUGGAUUGCGCUCUAAUUUGAACAGUACAAUAAGGCGAUUCGCUCGUGUUUUCGUCCCAAUGACAGUAGGAGGAGCAAAACAUUUUCUUAGCCUUUUGAUGUACAUGAACAAUUUUUUUGGUGUGAAAUUUGACAGCGAAUCAACAUUGUUUAGGGACCUCCAUGACUUGAUCCAAACAUGGGAAGUUUCCAACAAUAAAGCGGAAGAAAUAUGCAAGACAGUAACAUUGGCAAAACUAAUGCGAGUUUUUGACAAGCCCUCUGAGGCCAUUAAGCUAGCUGUUUCAGCAAGGAGGAAAUUAAGAGAUUAUGCUAGCAAUUUUUCUGAAGAAUUCGUAAUGGGACAGUUACAUGUUCUGAUAUGGAUCAUUGACAGGCUUCGGCGAGAUGCUGCGACCGCCAAAGAGCUGACAAACUUAGUCGACAUUACCGAGAUUGCCGAUAUGUGGACUGCUCUUGGUCACAUGUCCGAGAACGAAAACAAACGAGUAGAAAUAAUCCCGUGUAACAAAAUAUGGUGCCUCAAUGAGCUCGGUCGAAACGAGGAAGCAUUGGCAAAGUGCGACGAAUACUUAGCCGAUGAAAAUUUAGGUAAAGAUGCAAAAGUUGGACUUUUGAAUCUAAAAGGUAAUACGUACAUACUAUUAAGCGACAAGGAACAACGAAACAAACGUUACGACAAUGCCUCAAAACAAAUAGAACGGGCAAUUCGACUAUACAAAAACAUGGACCACGAAGAAAUGAAUGAAAAUUGUCAAAUUGGAUAUGCGUUGGCGGCAUCCAAAUUCUUUGAUGUCUCCCUUGGUGAGGGCUUGGAAACUCUCGCAAACGCGCGAGCUAUUUUGGAGAAUCUGCCUGACCAAACUAGGUUAUCAUUUUUCAAAACAUACCAUGCUGAGUAUAAAGUGAAGUGGCAAGAUCUGUAUAAGCAAGAAACGAACGAAAAUUGCAUUACAUUAUUACAUUGUAUUUUGGGUUUAUGGCGCUUUACUAUUGCUAGAAAUAUAGUGGUGAUCGGUAAAAUGACUAAAGGCGAUGAGAUAUUGGAUAGCCAUAUAAUGAUUGAACGAUAUUCAAAUCAAUUGCGACUCUUAGAAAAGCAUGGAGAUCCUAAAAUGAAGAAUGUGGCAACUGUGUUUUUAAAUUUUUUAUUAAUGAGCGCCGCGUCUGGAAUGGACGAAGUUUAUCUUGGGUUUGCUUGGAUCAGACAAAAACCUGACGUUUUGCGCGAAUUUCGACAAGUUAGGAAAGAUAUUGAACGCAAGGUUUGGGUAGAUUUGUUCGAUAAAUCAAAACAAAAUCUUUCACUUUUUCGUAGGUUAUUUCUGUUGGCAAUUCUACGAGCAAGUGUUGACCAAAACAAGGACGACUUGGCCAGCGUAAAGAUUAAUCAUAUACCAAUCUCAAUUUCUUAUCCAUUCCUUGUUUCAAAAGAUGGAAAGUGCAUGAAUGAUAAUGAUAAAAUGAAAUAUUAUCUUGAUUUAUAUCUGACUGUUUUACAAAAUGCCUUGUGAAAAUUAAUCGAAUGUUUUUGCUUAAUAGAAUUAAACUGCUGCGUGGGUUUUAUUCUGGAAUGAUGUUUC